GAGCAGUACGACGAUUAUCCGGACAGUGAACGCAACGCGGGUAUGACGUACUUUGGUCGCCAAGGGAACCGUUGUAAAUCACAGACUGCUGGCGUUGAAGUUGGAAGUUUUUUUUUGUUUGUUUUAGUCGUGAUUCCUGGACGAAGCCAUGUCCAACAGCUCUGAAGAGAAAGAUCAGUAUUUGGGGAGUGAUGUCCAAGGAGCGCAGCCUGCUGCUGAGGCUCCUCAGGAAGCAGAUAUCCUCACUGACUCCCUGGGCCAAGAAGAGAGUCUAAAGGAAAGAGAGGCACAGUCUCUGGACUUUGUGAGGAAAAAAGAGAACGCCUCCAGCGCUGCUUUUGUAGACUCUGAGGUCUUGAGGUCACAACAAGAUCAGGCCACAGAUUAUUCAUCACAUGCAGGCACAAGAGAGGACACGGCUCCCACUGAAGCAGCUUAUUCUUCAGACUCUUUGUCAGAAACGCCAAAAGAUGAUUCUGAGAGUGAUUCCGACUCUUCAUCUGUUCAAGCAAAUGCGCAACUUUCUUUGAACGAUUCUGACCAUGAAGCUCUGGACACUGAAGCGCAGUUAGAAGCGGUGGGAGUUAUGGCCCAGCAGGACGACGGGGUGGGAGUUAAUGCUAAAAUGUACAAGAGGAAACUCCGAAAGGGGUUGAAGAAGUUGUCAGGACUGAGUUGGCCCAGCAGAGACCGCCUUGCGGUGUUCAGUGACGUCUUUGAUGAUGUAUGUGAAGGCUCGCCAGUAUUUGGACGCAUCCUGAGGGAAAUCAAGACUGAAUAUGAUUUAUACAUCAGUCACUUGAUGGACACCCAUUCCUCACAAGAUAACGUGCCGCUGGAGCCAUUUGUCAACGAUAUCGAUGAUAUUAUAGUCAGUGAUAACGAAUUGGAGGGUGCAGAAAAAGGGGUUUGCAGUCUAGAAGAAGAGGCCAAAAGCGCUCUGGGGGAGAAUAAACGAGCUCAAGAUGAGCUAAAUAACUUUCUGGAUGAAUGCAGUAGCACGAGGAAGACAUCCCUGUCCAGAAAAGAGGACAGCGGGAUGCCCGUCGACAACAGCGACGUCGUCCAGCUCAGGAAACUUCAGAUUCUGAAUGUGUUGGAGGAGAUCCAGCAUUUAGAGGAGGAGAUCCAUGAAAGGAUGGCAUCUGCUGUUGCAAUUUCAGCCACUAAACGAAGAGUCAAAGCUCUACAGGAUGCUGUGGAAAGAAAUAGAAAGGGAUCUCCAAAUAAACGACGAAUAGCUUCAGUCAUCAGCAUCUUACAGUCACACAGUAUAUGCAGGAUACAAAAUAUCUGUAACAGGACGAAACUAAACCUAUCCUUUGUCUUCCACUUCACAAGUACACACUUCUUGGUGCUGGUGCAACAUGGGAAAUUAGAAUAAAAUACAUUAAAUCUAUUUUAAGAUAUGUCAAAAUGUGGAAAUAUCCUAGGGAUGUUACUACAGUGCUGUUUUUGUUUUUAUGAUAUACUUUGAUGUUCUUCACAUAAGUUUUAGUAUUAGACAUUUGGCACUUUCCAUGUUAUUUGAAUAGAUGAAGCAGACACUUUUGUCAGUGUUAUCAGCAAAUUACACAAUAAAAACACGGAGUAAACAAACUUGAA